CUAGGAAAAAGAAAUCUGAAGGACUUUAGUGUGGCAGAAACGCGCAGCGAGUGAUUGGAAGAUUGUGUAUAUAUGUGUGUGUUUAGUAAGACUGCUAGCGGAAACGCCUCGUGCCCCGAACAGUGCUGGGUGCAUUACAGUCCCACUGUAAUGCCUCCUCUCGUGAUAGCGUGUUGGGAUCCAUGAUACGAUCAAGUUUGGGGAGACUGUGGUGACCGAGUGUUGGUGUUCCUCGCUGGCUGCGGUGCUGGAGUGAUUGCAGAGGUGGAUGUAAUGUGUGUAGGGUGGUAGAGAAGAGACUUGAAGACCAGGUGUGUCGCGUCCCUCGUUAGGGAGGAGGUGGGACAGGGUGGAGCUCCGUGUGUCCAGUCCUCGUCCCUUCCCACAAGGGAGUUGUUCUCCUUGGCAUCUGGUCACCCCUUUGCUUUGUUCUACCUCAUUUCACUUUUAUUCUUUCAGGCUUUGCAUUUUGUUUGUCUAAGAAACAUUGUCAAGGCAUGCUGCUGAGGAUAAUGCGCAUGCACGUAAGGCAGAAAACUGCGGUGCUCAGGUGACGAGUGGACACUGAACCUAAGAUAAAUAAGAAGUUUUGGAAAUAGACGGGACAGAUCGGGAAAAAAACAAGGUCAGUGAAACCUUGUAUAUCUGGACACUCAAGAAGCAUCAGUGAACAGCGUCGCAGGGAGUGUGCGCUGUAUUAUAGCGUGUGUACCGCCUUACAGAGUGUGUGCACCGCUUUAUAGUGUGUCUGGCAUUGCACGAGGCUUGAAGUGGUCGAAGAUGUCACGGAAACUGCAGAAGUUUAUCAUCCUCUUCGACAAUCCCAACCUUCUUUACUUCCCCGGACACUUCAUCUCCGGUCGGGUCAUCGUCGAACUGGAAGAGGACACCUCCGUGCUCGGUGUGUACUUCCACGUGGUGGGCGAGGGCGUGGUGAGGGUGACGGACCGUCGCCAGCAGAUCUUCUCCGACAAGGAGAACUACAUCGACUUCAGGAUGAGACUCCUGGGAGAGCCAGACGAGCGUUACCCCUUGGAACCUCAAGACGACAGAGAUGAUCGCGGUCAGAGUCCCAUCUUGCUGUCUCCGGGGAUCCACAGUUUUCCCUUCAAGCUUGGCCUGCCUUUGGGUCUGCCUUCCACCUUCCUGGGAAAGCAUGGAUGGGUGCAGUACUUCUGCAAGGCAGCGCUAAGAGAACCCAAUGGUCUUACCCACAAGAACCAGCAAGUCUUCAUCGUCAUGAAUCCCAUCGAUCUCAACCUUGAGCCUUCCAUUCUUGCGCAACCGUUCCACUGCGAGAUCGAGCAUAAGCUGGGAAUGACAUGUCUAUCCCAGGGUCCCGUGUCCUGCCGUGUUAGGCUGGACCGUGGCGGCUACGUGCCUGGAGAGACCAUCAGUAUAUGGGCACGUGUCCACAACCAGAGCAAAGUUACCAUCAAGGGUACCCGGGCAUGUCUCACAGAGACUAUCCAAUACAUCUCCAAGAGCAAAGUGAUCCAGACCGAGACACGGGAGCUGUCGUCUGUGUCGAGAGGAAAAGUGAAGCCGAGUGACACAGAUGACUGGAAGUAUGAGGAACUGUACGUACCACCGCUACCACCAACUAACCUCCGUGGCUGCCAUCUCAUACGGAUACAGUACGACGUCUUUUUCAUCAUUGAACCCAACAACCUGGGAGAAAGAGAUCAUACUUCAACACUAAUAUGAUGGUAACUCGGUACCGCAAUUCAGAAGGGAUUUAAGAUAAGAAGGUGCCCAGUACCCAAACAGUCUGCAGUUUCAGGCCGUGCGUGGUGACCACAAGUUUUGAAUAAUUUUCGCUGAGUGGAAAAUGGACUUUAGGGUACGUUGCUGUGGAAUGAACACUCAAUGUUUUGUCAUUAGUUUGGCCUUUAAAAUCAUGUGCUUCAGUGAUUAAUAUUCUCAUAAGUACACUGGGGGAAAGCCUACUGCUACCAGCAAUAUAGACACUUGUAGUAAAAAUAAGCCUUUAUUCUUAGGUAAAAGGACGCAUGAGCCUCUCCUUUUACCUAACAUAGUCGGUAAUUCUAGUAAUAUUUGCGCAGGUCUUUAUUGACGCAGUUUUUCGCCCUAAGCAGAGCUUUUUCCACUUAUUAAAUAAAGGUGUCCGUACAGUGAGACAUUUCCUCAAGAGAGUCUUCUGCCACACGUAUCUUUACCUUCACCUAAAUA